GUUGGAGUUCAUGGAUUGUUGAAUGUGGAAAUGGCACCAGAACUCGGCAGAUUAGUCAAGCAGCUACAAUGAGUGGUCAGAAAUGUACAGGACCAUUGACUGAGAUCUCCUUAGUCACAUCUUGUAUGGCAACCAAUCUAGCUAAAUCUCUUGGAGCAACAGUGACCAUAAGUUCAGUCCAUAGUUCUGUGUAUGCUGCUGCAAAGGCUAUAGAUGGCAAUCCAAAAGAUGUUACUGGACAGGCACUUGUUGGUACUGAUUGUGCUGGUACAAAAUAUUCCAUGAAUCCUUGGCUUCGAGUUGACUUGCAAAAGGAAUAUCUUGUGUCACAUGUUAGAAUUAUCCCUAUAGGUGAUAGAGGUAAAAAUUUGUAUGUUCAUGUUGGUAACAACUUAACAGACUAUGGGAAUGACAACCACAAUUGUGGAAAGGCUCCAUAUGACAUCUCUACUCGCAAUGAUGCAAUAUGGCGAGAUGUUAGUUGCAGCCCACCAGUUUGGGGAAGAUACAUUAAUUUACAGAGAAUAGUGACAAAAGGCGUUCUUCAUAUAUGUGAGGUGGCUUUCAACUAUGAGUUGGAGAUUGCUAUUCUAGACAAUAAUAUGAAUAUUGAAGAGACAAGUGUGGCAGUUGAUGAGAAUCAAGGUUACUCUAAUCCUAUUGAUUGUGGUGUCAGUCCUGAUGUGACCAACUUUAAUAAUGCACGUUUGCAAUGGAAGCACAACAUGACUAUUGUUGUACCAUCUUCCAGUGCACAGAAUGUAUAUCAGGUGUAUGAGAAUGGUGUUCAGAGGCUCUACAUCAAGUCAGCUAGUGUUUCUUCCAAUGGUUUGUAUACAUGCCAAUAUACUGCCACUGAUGGCUCUAUAGUGUCAAAGUCAUUUACACUGAACGUCAAUGUAAACUGUGAAUGGAGCUCAUGGUCAAAUUGUACAUCAUCAUGUAGUUUUGGUACUCGUACUCGUACACGAGCACGUCUUAAGCAACACAAUGGAAUGGACUGUGAUGGGUUGCCAACUGAGAACUGUGACAGCAAACAACCACCAUGUGUACCAACAGCUGGACGGUCACCAGGAGUUUCUUUUGAUGAGUUGUCAGUGCAAGAGUUGAGCUGCACAGCUUUACAGUAUUCUAGCCUGAAUGGAGACAUUACAUUUGGAUGGUACAGAGAAGAGAAUGGAAUUGAUUCAGCUAUUGCAUUAGACUCUAGAGUGACAAAUUCAACAAAUAAUGUUGGUAUAGGCAAAUUUUCUGGGAAAUUGAAAUUUGCAUCUGUGAAUCGUUCAGAUAGAGGAUUAAUCAAGUGCAGGGCAUUUAACAAGUAUGGUGCUAGUAAUAUGUCUUCAGCUACAUCAGUUAAUGUCAAAUAUGCUCCUGAAUUUGUUGAAAUUAGACCAUCUAAUCCAGUGGGUGUGAAAGGACAAAAUAUUACAUUAAACUGUUCUGCUGGUGGUAAUCCCUCUCCAGAUUAUAGAUGGAGAGGAGGCAAGAGUGCAACAGGAUCUACUCUGGAAUUAACAUCACUUGAAUUUAAGGAUGAAGGGUCAUACACAUGUGUUGCUAAUAACACUAUUGAGGCUGGUGCUAGGUCCACUAAUACAUCAGUACAGUUGACAAUUGAAGGUCCUCCACAGAGAUGUGUUGUGGUGUCAGUUGAAAGCUAUAAUGACUCAGAAGUGAAUGUUGCAGUUAACUGUCCCGAAAAUGGAAACUCAAGUGUAACUGAAUAUCACAUACAAUAUCAGUUGGGUAGUGGCACCAGCAACAUUCAGUGGGAACAAAGAGAAUUCAAUGCUUCUGAUCCGCAACCGUUUGUUGUUGUUGGUCUCAGUCCAUUUACAAAGUACAGAUUUAGAGCAACAGCAAGCAACAGGCAUGGCUAUGAACCUGGAAGUUUGGUGGCUGUUAAUGUGGUAUCUGUGACUACUGCUGAAGGCUAUCCCGGUUCUCCCGAUUCAUUGAGUUUAUCAGGAAAUGCUUCUGCUCGCUGGUUUGUUGUGUCUUGGUCACCUCCCAGUACACCUAAUGGUGUUCCUCGCUAUUACUUUGUUUACUACAAACCAAUUGGUGUUCGUCAAGUGAGAGAUGUGGAUGGGUACAAGAGACUGAAUGUAACAGCCACAUUGGCCAAUUUGACAAUGCUCGCUCCAUUUACACAAUACAGUGUUGAGGUGGCAGCAGUGAACGUUCGGUCUCAUGAUGGUAAAGUGUUGGAAGGACAAAGAAGUACUGCCAUUGUUGCCAACACAUCAGAAGAUGCUCCUACAACUGCACCACAUUCCCUGAAAUAUUCUUCCAAUCCACCACAUACGGUCACUGUAAUGUGGAGUGAACCUGAAACACCAAAUGGAGUUAUUAGAUAUUACAUUGUUGAAUACAUGCUGUCAGAUGGGACUGGAAACAAGGCACGUUUUAAUUUUGUGAAAGAGCGUAUGCAAGAGAUUAGUGGUCUAAUACCGUCAACAAAUUAUAAUGUCACAGUUCAAGCUUUCACAGUUGGUGUUGGACCAGCAGCAUCCAUUACUGUUAUGGCAGCUGCUAUAACACCAACGCCACCUCAGAAUUUGAGAAAUUCAGGUGUGACAUCAAGCUCAAUUACUCUACAAUGGGAGAGGCCUAUUAGCUUUAAUGGUGCUUUUCAGUACUACACUGUUUACAACAAUAUUGGUGAUGCUUUGUACAGCAAGAGUUCCGACAUUGAGAGUCAUGAAAACCUAUACGCCUUGAAGGACCUCAAACCGUAUACCGAGUACAAAAUAUAUGUGACAGUAACGAAUAACGCAAAGUCCAAUCCAGAAAGUUCCCCUAGUAACAUGAUUACAGUGCGCACACUGGCAGCUUCUCCUCACACACCAGACAAACCUUUAGCUAGUGAUGUUGCAUCGUCAGCGUCAACUGUAGUAUUUGUACCUCCUACUGUGAAUGAUGACAAUGGUCCAAUAGAAUAUGUUGAUUUUGUUGUUUAUGAGGGUACCACUGGAUCUAAUGCUCCUUCUGUAUCUGUUGUACCACGUACUAUUGGACCGUAUGAACAAGAGGGCACAGACAACACAUGGUAUGUAACAGCUCGAUACAGUUACGUGAUUUACAAACAGAACAUAGAAGGGAAGCAGUUUAUCGUUGGAAGUGAUUCAAUGUCUGGUGAAAAGAAUGAGUACAAAAAUGUUCCACUUAAGUCUGAUUCGACUUACUUUAUAUAUAUUCGUGUGGUUGCAAUGUUGGAUAAUGGAAUUGGGAUGAAAGAAACAGCAAUUGGUGAACCACUAAGAGUUUUGACAAAGGCAGAAGAGUUACCAUCAAAGGGAGGAUCAAGUUCAGUGGCUCCAAUUGCAGGUGCUGCAGCUGGUGGCAUCAUUUUUCUUCUAUUGGUUAUUCUUAUUGUUGUUGUUCUAAGGAGACGUCGUUCAGGAAAAAUGACUGACGGUGUUUACAUAAACCAACAAGUUGCUUUUUCUUCAGUCAAGCAAGUAGAGAGUGAAUAUGACGAAAUUCCUCUUGCUCCUGUGAUUUCUUGUGAAAGUCUAUCAGUGACAUCAUAUGAAGGCACAACUGCUGUUCUUCCUUGUGAUGCUGCUGGAGAACCAAAACCAAUUAUCAAGUGGUUCCGCAAUGGAAAGGAAAUAUCUGAGAAAGAUGAGCACUUUGUUAUUCUGGGAGAUAAGUCUUUGCAGAUUGCUAAUGUCAUGGCAUCAGACAAUGGCAAGUAUCGAUGCACAGCGACAAACAGUUCAGGUGUUGAUGAACAGGUUGUAGAGUUGAUUGUACGGUCAGCCAAUGAAGCAGAAAAGAAACCAAAUGUUUGGACAUCUGGAGAUACUCCAUCUAUAAUGCCAAAAGUAAAGAGUCACCAAUCACGAACCGGCCUUCAUUCUAUCAACCUUGAGAAAUUUCCAGAUUAUGUGGCAGCUAUGCAUCAAGAUCACAACGCUGGGAUAUCCAGUGAAUUUAAGGUACUUGGAGAAUUAGAACAUAAUUUUUCAGCUGAAGUAGCCUUGGCAAACCUUUCACUAAAUCGUUACAAGAAUAUUCUGACUUAUGAUCAUUCUCGAGUUGUGCUGCCAAUUUUGUCAGGAAUGACAAACUCUAAUGGCAAUUACAUUGCUGCUGCUUUUGUUGAUGGCUACCGUAUUCCCAAGAAGUACAUUGCAUCUCAAGGACCACAGGAACAUACCGUUGCUGAUAAUUGGCGAAUGAUUUGGGCAGAAAAUGUCCCUACAAUUGUGAUGCUUACUCAUUUGAUCGAAAAGAGCAAGAUCAAAUGUCAUCAGUACUGGCCAAAGAAUGUUGUUGAUUCAGUGAACUACAAUGGUCUCAUUGUCACUUUCUUGGAGAAAGAUUCCUUUGCUGAUUAUGAAAUUCGUAAAUUCAGUCUGACCUUGGGUGAAGAGACGAGAAUGGUAACACAAUACCAUUACACUGCGUGGCCUGAUCAUGGUGUUCCCAAAUUUGCCACACCGCUGCUGAGUUUCAUCAGAAGAAUCAAUCGUGAAUAUCCAAAGAAUCGAGGGUCAAUGGUUGUUCACUGCAGUGCUGGUGUCGGUCGAACUGGAACAUUUAUUGUUAUUGACACCAUGCUUGAGAGAAUUGAGGAUGGCGAGCCCAUUGAUAUCUACAGCUGUGUUGCAUCUCUGAGGACAAAACGUCAAGAUAUGGUUCAGACUGAGGCUCAAUAUGGUUUUAUCCAUGAUGCUGUGCUUGAAGCAUUGACUUGUGGCAAUACCCAGAUUCCUGUUCAAAAUCUUCGUACUGCUGUUGCCAAACUGUCGAAGAAAGAUGCAAAGUCAGGCAAGCCAGGUUUUGAACGUCACUUUCAAGUGUUACAAACAACAGGGCCACAAAUGGACAAGCAGCUUUGUAAGGCAGGCUCACAGCCUGCUGUAACAGUGAAGAACAGAUACCAGGACAUACUGCCUUUGGAUGUGCAGCGAGUUAUUCUUCGUCUGGAGGAAACAGAAUCCCAAGACAGUGAGUAUGUGAACACUCAGGCUGGAGCCGACUACAUAAAUGCCAGCUAUUUGGAUGGCUAUCGUCAUCGUGAUGCAUAUAUUACUACACAAGGGCCACUAGCUAAGACUACAGAAGACUUUUGGAAAAUGGUGUGGGAACAGAAUUGUGUGUCAAUUGUCAUGCUGGCGUCUUUGCAAGAAAAUGGAGAGGAGAUGUGUCACCAGUAUUGGCCAGCAUCAGGUAGUGCUCAGUAUGGUCAGUGCACUGUUAAGUUGUCGAAAGAGACAAAUCUGGGAGAGUAUGUGAUACGCAAAUUUAACCUGAGCAAGGGUUCACAGUCAAAGGUCAUAACCCAGUUUCACUACACAGCAUGGCCAGAGAACAGUAAUCCCAAAACAGUAGAGCAACUGUUUGACAUGCAGGAUCAAUUGCAAAAAUGGCAGCAAGGGACUGGCAACAAAACUAUAAUCAUUCAUUGCAACAAUGGUGUUGGUCGCAGCGGAACGUUCUGCAGCAUUCUGUCGCUUGUCGAGCUCUUGAAGGUAGAGGGCAUGGUGGAUGUGUUUCUGAAAGUUAGAUCGAUGCGAAUCCAACAUCCAAGAAUUGUGCAGACUUUGACACAGUAUCGAUUUAUGUACGACGCCUUGCUGGUCUACCUUGACAACUUUGACACGUAUGCCAACUUCAAGUAACUCUUCAGUUUUUGUAGGCAACGAUUAGCCUUAUUUUGCGCUAACCUAAUCGUAUUUUAGUCAUGCUGCAUGUGUGCAGACGUUUAUAUGUUAGUAGGUUUUGCUUUUUAGGUCUAGUUGUUUUUGCAGUUAAGAAUCGUAUGUCGAUCUGUGGUACGUAGCCAGGACUAUUAGUAGUAGCUAGAGUGCUGAACUGCCAUUAUUUUGUGGACUCUUUUUUAGUGUUUUUGAAUUGUAGGCUGUUGAACGGCAACCUUCGAUCUAGAACAUGAGACAAAUUAACUUGCUUGCAGGGGUUGAUCAUAUGAA